AUGAAGCUCCCGCCGGCUGUUAUCUGUCUUCUCCUCAUCCUCGUCUUCUUUGAUGGUGCUUCAGUGGAGGCCCGAGGCACACCUUCUGCCCAGGGAUCGAGGAACCAAUGGUCCAGCAUGUUCGUCUUCGGCGACGACUUUGUCGACAACGGCAACCGUCCCAACAUCACCGGUGAAAAGACAUCGCGCCAAUGGAGCUACCCCUACGGCUCCUAUCUCAACUCUCAUUAUCCUACGUCUCCUGUUUUGACCGGACGCUUCUCCAACUACAGGAUGCAAUCAGAUUUUAUCGCAAGGAUGUUGGGUCUCCAUGAAGCACCUCCAGCGUACGAGCUCACAGAUGAUCAAUCUUGUGGCUCAUCUGGCAUGACCUUCGCUUCUGGCGGCGCUGGUGUCUUCAAGGUGACAGCGAAGAAAAAGGUGCCGACCCUUGCUGCACAGGUUCAAGCUUUCAAGAGGCUAGUCAACGACGGGGUCAUCCCAACACGACAGCUUCACCACUCUGUCGCGCUCAUCGCCAUCUCCGGCAAUGACUACAUGAGCGGCUCUGAGGCCAAUAAUGGCUUCUACACAAGCUUCGACGAUCUCGAUACUUACGUCGGAAACGUGGCGACUGAGAUCCUAGAUAAUGUGGCGCAACUGCAGAUGCUUGGUGUGAGAAAGGUGCUAGUAAACAACUUGCAUCCCAUUGGUUGCAUGCCUUUGCAUACUAGUUCGAACAACUACACCACGUGCGACCUUCUCGGCAAUUAUGGCGCAUCCGUGCACAACAAGUAUCUAAAGCAAAUGCUCGAAGAAAGGGACAACGUUCACAUACUGGACCUCUACACUGCUUUCACUGACAUCAUUAAUCAUGCCCCUGGUGGAGGGUCGGAUGAGUCCAAGAAUUUCAACCGCAAACUGACCCCGUGCUGCGAGAGUACCUAUAAGGGAGGGUACUGUGGAGAGCAGCGUAGCCAUUCAGGGAAGCGCUUGUACGACCUAUGUGAAACUCCUGACAAGAUGUUCUACUGGGACCAGACACACCCAACACAUGCUGGGUGGGAAGCUGUAAUGAAGGCGCUGCAACAGCCUUUGAUGGAGUUUCUUGAUGAGGACUACGUUGCAUGA